ACGAAAUGAUUUCCCCCCACCGGGAAAUAGAGCGUGAUUUACGGCGGAUCUAAAGGAAGAAAUCUUGAAGCUCCGCCGGGAGAUGGACAAAGUUCUCAAGACACUGGAGCAACUCACACGAAAGACAAGUGAUAAGCAGCCAGCUCCUCCGAACAAGGAAGACACCGCAAAGAAGCCUGUGCUAACUCCGGACGCGAUCAACUUGAAAUCCAUGAUUGAUGAAGCACUGAAGUCGACAGAGAUGAACCAAGGGGGACAAAAUCAAGUUGGUCCAAGCGCAACCAGUCAGAAGAAUGCAGAGGCGGAAGAUAAAGUAGAAAGGAUGGUAUCGGAAGUGCAGAAGGAGGUCAACAACCUGAAGCUACUAAAGUAUGUUAUGGCGGUUGUGAAGGGCGCGUUGCAGAAGAUCAAUGAACCGAUUCGUACGUGCACUCCGAUCGUGUCGUCUUCGGUUCAUCCGAACGGAUAUGUGGGGACAAUGGCUGGACUACCAACUUCAGUACAUGGUAGCCACAGCAUUUCGAGCCGAAGCAUGCCAAGGAGAAGCGCGUCGAACAAAAGCAGAUUGGGACGCGUAAUCCCUCCACACCCCAAGAGAGGACGAACGGAGAUUAAUUGCAACGUGUCGGUAGCGAAGUCGAAGGCAAAACGGAGCAUUAAUUUCGAGGUCGAACCGAUGACAGACAUGCAGCUCCUUCGUCUUCACUACACGGACCUGAAGGUCUUAUGCAAGAUGCAUGUCAUCAGGUACAAGGACAAGCCGCAAGCGAUCUCGGCAUUGAGGCAAGUUCGUGGAUUGAUCGCCUACAAGGGGCGGGACUUCAACCGGGAUUCUGAUCCUGAAACACAGAUCAUGCCAGAUCCAGAUAACAUCAGAGUGUCCAAUACAACUGGCUGCGACACAAGUGAGGAUGAUUACGAGAGCCUUAGUACAAGAUCAAGCGGGAGUGAUGAGUAUGACUCAUCCGACACAUCUUUGAGCGCCGAAGAUCUGUCGGGAAGGUAGAANAGAGCCUUAGUACAAGAUCAAGCGGGAGUGAUGAGUAUGACUCAUCCGACACAUCUUUGAGCGCCGAAGAUCUGUCGGGAAGGUAGAAGACACCUCAGCAUCAGGGGACCUCACCACGACACAAAAGUGGGUGGAGAUACAGAGGCUAUCAACGAAAAUUGAGCAACUAGUUAGUACAGGGAGUUUCACCUUGGUGUAGACAUAUGUACGUAGGGAGGACAGGAAGACAGCUCGACAAGAGAUGGACUGAACACAUAAACUUGGCCAAGAAUCCAAAUAGAGGAGCAUAACGGAAACUAUACAGUUGGCUGCACAAAUUUGGUUGGGAGAAAUAUGUUCUGAUACCCAUUUGGACGAGAGUGAGAUCAGAGGUGAUAGGGGUGGAAGCAACACUGAUUAGGAGACUAAAUCCAUUAUUGAAUACAAGGGGAAAAGGCAGAAAGACUCGGAAAAACCGAAGACGAAGAAGGAGAAAGAGGAAGAAGAAUGAAAACAAUGAGGUGAAUCAGAAUAUACCUCUUUUGUUUAAAGCGGUUCGAUCGGGUUACACUACGAAGUUAACAUCAAUACUUCAACCGAAAGCAAUGAUUUACUGCACAACUGGAAAACUAUGAAAUGAAAAAUGAAAAGUAAUUAAACGA